AUGCUCCAGCCCAUAGUCGUUUUACCAAACCUUGAGCUCGGCUUGACGGUAAUGCUUUCUGCUGUCGAUAAUGCUGGAUUUAUGUACUCUGUCCCAUCAUUGAAGAACGAGACACAACUAGCCAAAACCAUCGCUACUUUAAACUAUCUGGAGAGAUGUGUCAAGAAUGGUGAUUGGAAAAAUGCGAGAGAACUUAUGGAAGUCAUAAAUAGGGUGGGAAAAUUAUUGUUAAAAUACUCUUUUGAAGAAACUGCUAUCCACAACACCGUAUUGAGGUUUAUGAAAUUAAUAAGAGAGGAAUCGUUGAGACUCCUUCCUAGCGGCAAAGUGGAGAGUGAGGGGCUGCAAUCCACCUUGGUUUCCAGCACAAGCUCGAACGACUGGUCCCUAGUGGGGAGAGAGGAGCUUUGCAAACAGUUACUGACUGCGUCCAUCGAUUUAAAGACCGACAUCAAAGGACACCUAGGCUACAUAUCUAGCUCAUCUCUGAAUUUUAUCCAUUCUGACGAACUAAUUUUGACAGUUGGUUAUUCGAAAUCAGUAUUCAACUUCUUGAAGUAUGCUGCCAACAAGAAACGACAGUUUCGCGUCAUAGUGUGUGAAGCGUUCCCUAAUACUGAAGGUCACAAGAUGGCAGAGACCCUGGCGAUGGAAGAGAUAUCUGUUGUUCUCGUCCCGGACAGCCAUGCGUUUGGCUUGAUGGCUCGUGUUAAUAAGGUUAUCUUGAGCUGCGAUACCGUCUACCCAGAUGGCUCAUUGAAGGCGCAGACCGGGACUUACGCGGUGAUGCUAGCAGCGAAACAUUUCUCAAUACCGACCUACGUGUGCCUUCCUUCGUACAAGAUCUCUCCGGUCAACUUUAAAUUGUUACCAAACUGCUCCAAUACCUUGAACAGUCAUGCUCAGUGCGCGCCUGAAUCGAUGACUGAUUUUCUCGAAACGGCGGACCUCUCGGUGAACUCAUUGGAUGCGCCCUCGCGAUUGCUGCCCGCAUCGGAGUGCCUCGCCGGUAGCGGGCCAUCGCCGUUGGUUUGGCUACCGAACUGGGACUACAUACCGCCUGGCCUCACCAGCCUCUUCCUCACCACGGAAGGAGGACAGGCGCCGUCUUACCUCUACGCCAUGGUUCGUGAACUAUUCAACUCCGAUGACGUCAACCAAUCCCUGAAAUGGGUAGAAACGUGA